AUGCAUCUUCUUUUUCAGGCUGUAGUAACCGAAUUCCUAAUCUGUUACGCUGACUUGAUUUUCUGUGAUCAUUUGCCCAGCAUCGAUCAACCUGAGCUGGCUGAAAAAGAAAAUUUACUCGCCAAAAAGUGUCGGCCCAACAGUUUGGCCAUAUCCACCCCCACCAAACUGAUCACUUUGGAAGAAGCCAGAACUAAGCAUUCAACCAUUAAAUCGGAGGAAUGCAACUACAUUGAAGUCGGCGGCGGGCCUAAUAAUCUGCCUAAGAAAUACCAUACGAUUAUUGAAUUGCCUCCGGGUGCAAGAAAACGAGGCCACACCAAAAGGUCGCCCUUGGGAUGGAGGAUGUUUUUUACGAGAUCUUCUAGGAGUGCCCCACAAGGUUCGGUAACGAAGAGUCGGAAAGCUUCAACCCCAAUUACUAUAAAUGAUAAAUCUGUUACUGAAUCUGACCUGACGGACAUGAGAAGAAAACUCAGAUCAGUUAAAUCAGCGGAGAGUUUAACUUCGGGCCAUUCGGAGCCUGCUAGUACUGAAGACGUUUUGGGUCCAUUACAUUCUUUGAAUAAACCUCCAGGCCAUAAUAGAUCUGUUUCACAUGAUUCUUAUUUCGACACCUUACAAUCGUCACAAAACAAUUCAGAAGGAUCUCUAUUAGAUCUGAGCGAAAUCCACUUGAAUUUUGAUUUGGAAGAAUCUGAAAUGCGAAUAUUCUCUGAAGACGAAAGCCUAGUUAGCUCACCAAGGAUACAAAAAGAUCUGAUACAACGGCGCAUACUCACAAGAGCUCGACCUGAAGACUAUACUAGCGCCACAAACUCGGUGAAUCCAUCUCCAAAAAAACAGGCUCGAGUAGUUCUGUCUCCAGAAUCCAUGUCCAGAAAAAGGACAAGAUUAGAAGAUCAGUUAUCCGAUAUUCAAUACAUCGAUUGCAAUACUCCGGAAAAUGUAGUGAGUACUACUGCGGUGGUGCAUGCUAUGCCUAUCAGUCCUGAAGAUGGUGGAUUUAGUGGUCCUAAGAAUAAAAGUCCCAGAAAUUCCGACAAUCUGGACAACAAAAGACAAUCUCUCAACCUCGAAUCUACCAACUUAAAUCAUCCAAUCACCAAAUCCUAUACAGAUUUGGAGCUCAAUAGACAGUACCUUGCUGGAGCCAGUCUUAUGACUACGACCCCUACACCUACGUCUCCAGGUUACAAACAAUUAGGAGAAUCUAGUGGUAAUACUACUCCGGGGUACUCGCCCAACUGUGAAAAUACUCCUCCAGAAAUUGGUUAUGAAAAUUUGAGGAAAAAUGACCUGGACACUCCCAAAAAGCCUCCUCUUACACCAAAUUAUGAAAACAUUUUAACAACGAUUAGUAUUACUUAUAAGUCACCUCCUAGAAGUGCUGCCGCGUCUCCAAUGAAGAAUCCUGUUUAUGAGAAUGUAAUCUUAAAUGCUGAAAAAGUAGAUAUUCCCACGAGUACAGCCAGUUUACCAAUUCAAGAAGCUUCUCAACCAGAUAUUUGUGAUGGUGUUGAGUUUCUUUCAGUCCAAAAACCAUCAGAUAGGCCUAAGAGUCUUAGCGCCUUGGAAGAUAAUCAUAGUUCCACGGAUUCCACAAUUAAAGCUAAUAGUAGUAGUGCCAUCUGUAAUACUAGUGAACAAUCAUCUUUGACUUUAAGCCUUAAUGACCAAAGAACUGUAAGUUCUAAUCAGAGCUCAGGAUCUAACAUUCAGUAUACAGCGAGUUUAAGUUCGGCCCCUCCCUAUCAUUAUAUAGAUAAUUCUGGCAGAUUGAGUCCAACAGAUUUAAGCUUAAGCGAAGUAGUACAAAGUUCUUUGUCGAAUCUAACCACUAGUCAAACUUCUAUAAGCACGCCGAUAAGUCCUUCCAAAAUAAGUCCAAAUGUAAGUCCUACAACUUCUGAUAGUAGGAAUUUAAGCAACGAAAACCUUUUGACUAAGGACAAUGAAGUUUGGUCCAUACAAAGACCUACAAGCAUCAAUUUAAUUGACUUUAGUCCUCAAGAUGUGCCGAAUAGUCCUAGCAGAUCGUGCUCACAGAAUGAUAAAAGAAAAUCAGAUGAAACAGAGUCUUAUGACGAAAACGCCAUCUAUCAACAAGUGAAAUACUUUCGAAGGUCUAUACACGAAGUAAACGCUUUGCUCGAUAUGGAUGCUUCUGAACAAACUCCUGGCAGUGAAAAUAUUGAUAAUGACAAGCAGAUUGAAGAAGAUGAAACAAAUUUUGACUCUUUAGAAAAUGAAGUAAGUCAUGUUUAUGAAAACCUCGAAGGGGAGAGUUUAAGACAUGAUGAUGUUAGUAGUUCAAGGAGUGAGGAUAAUAAUAAGACUGAUGAAACCGAUGCAACAAGCCAAAGUAUUAAGGAAGAAGAAGUUGUUGAAGCUAAGGAGAGAUUUAAAGUUAAAGACUUAACUAGCCGGUUCGAAGUAAAGAAAAACGGCAAUGUUGAAAGCGGUGUGAAAGCUACUGCAAGAAAAACUAGUCUUACAGAAAGUGGUAGUGAUAAAGGCGUCGAUAGAAGUUUGAGUGAAGAAAAUGCAAGCACUAUAUCUUCAAAUUCUACCAAUCGAAUGUGCAUGUUUUACGAAAAAGAAAACUCGGAUUUCGAUCAGAAAUCUACGAUAUCGACUUCUAAAACGCACAGCAAAAGUUCUAAUUCGACCUCCAAAUCCAGCAAUAGAGAAACCUUGUCUAGUGAAAAAAGUACAACAGAGGAAAGGAGUAUGAGUUCAAGUAGUAGUAGUUCCAUGAAUCGUUUGAGGAUAUUUUACGAAAAAGACAGCCUGCCUCCUUGUUUGAGGGCCAGAAAUUUAAAAAACCAACUAAAAACGAGAUCACUGGACGAGGACGAGUUUGAAAAGGAAUGCGGUUUGAGCGAGACUAAUCAGCGAAGGAAGUCGAUGGAUGAGAAUAUAGGAUAUAAAACGAAUUCUCUACCAAAAGUGCUAAACCAACCAAAACUGUUACCCAAAGACGAAAACGGUCAAAUGGAAUCGCUGCAUUUGUCCCAUAGUAGCGAGAAAAUCAACAUGCUAGGAGGUGAACCAAAAAAUUCAGAGGAAGAUGAGGAACAAAAGAAAAGGGAACGAAUCGAAAAGUACAAAGAAGAAAGACGAAGAAUAUUGAGUGAAAAAUUUAGGUCGGAAUCCUUCAAAGAAGACAAAGACAUCUUACGUAGUAGACUGAGAAUAUAUAAGGGCCGCGAAGAGCCAGUUGAUAGUGCCAAAGAGGUAGACAACGAUAAGCCACUUCCGGCCAGACGAAAAAGUACAAAAAGUGAGAGUGAGAGUAUGAAUGAGAAACGUUUAUCGGAAGAGAUAACGAGAAACAAUACCAAUUCUAGUCCUGGGAUUAAUCCUCCCGCAAAAACCACUGUAACUCCAAGCCCAGCCAAGAGUUUAAGUUCCUUGACGACGGCCACUAAAAUGGCGCAGCGCGAACCUGAAGUUAUUGCAAAACCACCAAAAACUGGCAGCUUGAAAGUGAGAGCAGCAGUUUUUGAGCAAAAUCAAAAGUCAAUUCCUGUUACUGUGGAUUUUAGCAGCUCGGACGAUAUACCGGGUGACCUGAAAGAUUUGGAUUUUAUAAGGCAUAAAAGAAGAGAUGAUGAAGUACGUAGAGAAGAGAGACGGAGGCAUACGUUCGAAACCAGGGAGAGGGAGACGGAAUCUGAAAGAUUACGUAGAGUUAGUAUGGAGAGCAGAAAUAGCCCAAGGAAAGAGAAGGCGUCGCCUACAUACUGUAUAAAGGACAUGAAAGCUAUUUUCGAAUCAAAAUCCAAACAAUAA